AUGCCUGUUGCAAUUCUUGGUAUACAAAUCAUACUUUGGUGUUUUGAUGUACAAAAUAAUUCUAAAUUCAAAGUCGUUAUCGGAGAUGGUAAUGAUAUUGACGACCUCAAGGAAGCUAUUAAAGAAAAAUGUGAAUAUGGUUUUGCUUCUCACCUGCUUAAACUGUGGAGAGUUAACACGGAUCAAACUAUUUUCGAAGAAUCACUAAAUAAUGAAUUAAAAGAUACAGCAAAAACAAUUGGAGAAACUUUUUGUGGUGUCCAAGGAGGUAACAUUCGAGUUGUAGUUAGAGCUCCUGAUACUGAGCAACUCAGUGCCACCGGUGGAGAACAAGAAUUAAAGAGACAUAUCGAUGAAAUUGCCGAUAAAAUUAAUUCCAAAGUGGACGGGCUGAAUGAUGAAAUGCGUGGGCUGAAUCGUGAAGUGAAGAGGGUAUGUUUUGCUGCGGAUGCAUGGUAUAGUGCUAUAGGUACUUUUACAAAAACUGAAAAGGGUAAAUUUGUGCAAGAAAGAGGUGUUAAAAUUCAGUUUCAUCUUGAUUUAACCAAAAAAGAAAAAGUACAAGAUUACUUUAUAGAUGAAUGUAAGGCAUUCGAAAAUUAUGUAAAUAUACAAAACAAACUUAUUGUCAGAGACACACAUUUUUCACCGUUGCUGGAUACUCGAAAACCAGAUUUUGUAUUCAUUCCAAGCAAUUCUUCUUUGGAUCCGUUAAGUGUUGUAGCCAUUGGCAAGAUCAAGAAGCAAGUUGAACCAUCAUUGAAAUUUGGCGAAGAAACUGUAAAACUGGUUCGAUCUAUUGGUGUAGGCAGAACUAGUGUUGUGUAUGAAGGAAUAUACAAAGACAUAUCUGUGGCCGUGAAAAUGAUGAAAAAGGCAAAUUAUUUGUCUUGCAUUGAAAGAGAAAGAGCUGUAUUGGAAGAACUUUCGAAGUUGGAUUCACCUCAUAUUCCCAAAAUUCUUUUUUACGAUAAGAAUACUCUUGUCAUGACUCCUCUUGGUAAGAGAAUUAAUAAUUUGCAAAAAACAGAUAUCAAAGAUAUAAUCAACACUCUCAAACAUGUGCAUUCAUAUGAAUAUGUAUAUAGGGAUCUUCGAAAAUAUAAUUAUCUUCGUAAUUUAGAUGAUUCGAAGAAAACUAUUUUAAUUAUUGACUGGGGCUAUAGCACAAGAAAUCGCGAAGACACCGCAUUUGUGGGGGCACUUGAAUGCAUGCCGGAUGAA